AUGGGUCUCGCAAACGUUUUGUCACUGUUGACAGUGACCAAUCUCCUUACAGCUUUUGUUGCAUACAUCCUGCUUAAGUUUGUGUACCAGAUUGUCUACUAUCGCUUCUUCCACCCUCUUUCGGCCUUCCCUGGUCCCUUCUGGGCGUCUGUGACCCGACUUUGGAUCGCGAAGCAGAACUUGCAGGAGACAGAGUACUUGACCUGCCAUGAGCUUUCGAAGAAAUAUGGACCGGUGGUUCGAAUUACCCCCACGUUGCUGCUGGUCAGCGAUCACUCUAAGCUUCCGGACGUCUACCACCGCAAUGCCGACAAGACCGGUCACUACAUCACUGGCAGUUUCGGAGAGACUGAAAGUCUGUUUAACAUGAGAUCACACAAGACGCACUCCGUGUUCAGGAAGCACAUUGCUGGACCUUACAGCUUCACCAGCAUCAAGCGCAUGGAACCAUUGAUCGACGCCCGGAUCAAAGAAUGGAGUACUAAGCUCGACGACACAUUCGCCAAAACCGGCGAGUCCUUUGACUUUGCCUGGUGGGCAGUCUAUAUGGCCUACGACAUCAUCAGCGAAAUCGGCUUCGGCGCCCCCUUUGGCUUCAUAGAAAAAGGCGAAGACAUCGGUGGCCUAAUUCAAGGCUUCCACGACGGCCUCCCAGCAUUCGGUCUCCUCGCCCGCCUCCACCCCUUUACAUCCUGGCUCAAGACAACCUUCCUCAAAAAAUACCUCGUCGCCACACCCGCCGACGACUCAGGAAUCGGAGUCCUUAUGCGCUUCCGCGACAAGCUGAUCAGCCAACGCAUCAAAGACAACAACUCCGAGAAGGAAGCAAAGCGCGUCGACCUGCUCCAAAUGCUCCUCGAUGCUCGGACAGACGAAGAUAAGCCCCUUGAUCUAGAAUAUAUUCGCGCGGAAGUCCUUCUCGUACUCCUCGCAGGUGCGGAUACAACCGGCACCGCAUUCCAGGCUAUGAUACAUUUUUUGCUUGAGAGUCCCGCUGCUUAUACCCGGAUGAUGGAGGAGAUUGAUGCUGCGUCAAAAGCGGGUGUCCUUUCUGAGAUGCCGCAGUAUGAUGAGGUCCUUACGCAUCUCCCAUUUUAUGUGAGCUGUGUUAAGGAGACGAUGCGAUUGUGUCCCUCUGCUCCGAAUAUCUUCCCGCGGUAUGUCCCCGAGCCUGGGCUGGAGCUUUUCGGUAAAUUUGCACCGGCUGGUACGGAAAUUUCGUGUAACCCGUACCUUGUGCAUCGGGACCCGGCGCUGUAUGGCGAUGAUGCGGAGGAGUUCCGGCCUGAGCGCUGGCUGGAUGCUGAGCGGGCAAAACUGUAUAAUAAGUAUAAUAUGGCCUUUGGGUACGGAUCGCGGGGUUGUUUAGGGAAGGACAUUGCGAUGAUGGAGUUGAUGAAGGGUCCCUUGCAGUUCUUCCGUUCUUAUAAGCCGGAGCCUGUUGAGGGGAAACCCAAGGCCCAGUUUGUGGUUAAGGGUGGUGUUGGGUAUUGGAAAGAUGUGUGGUUGACUAUCUCGAAGCGCGAGUGA